UGCUCCUGACACUAACUGUGAGGUGGCCUUUGCUCCAGAGACUGUUGAGUGUUUUCUACAAGAUCUCCAGCACUCACUGAGCGAUUCCUCAGGUGAUGAGGCAUCACCUCUUGGAACCCCAAGAGAUCCUCUUCUGGCAUCCUCGAACUGGGACAUUCGUCAGAGUCUCUUUUUCAGAGAGGUGGAGGGCAGAGAGACCCCGUCUGGUAAACACGGCUGCAGCAAAAGAAAGUGUGGCAACACACAUCUGCCAGCAGUGUUGGAGCAGUCCAGCAGUUAUCCGGUGCAGUGACUGUCGACCACACCCCUUCUUCUGUGCUGAAUGUGACAUCAGCAUGCACACCAGACAUGUCCUCCACAAUAGAGAUGCCAUGACUGCUGGCUUCUUCCAGCCAUUGCCUCCAACAACUGUCGUGGUCGAUAAGGCUCUUUCCCAAUGUGUGCGGCUUGUACCUGUGGAAAUGCCUGACAAAAUCUGUGGUUGUUCACCAGAGUCAUUGAGGGUCAGUCCAGGAAAGACUGUUGCUGUGGUCACAAUGAAUGGACGAUAUGAUCUAAGCAUGCCCGAGUUAUUUUGUGAGGCAUGCCAAGCCACUUGGACUGCUGCAGUGGCCGACCUUAACAGCAGUGACUACUGGCCGGCAACUCUUCAGUUUGCCACAAUUUAUACUACCGAUAUAUUUUUCUCAUUUGAGGAAAUGAAGAUGGUGGCACCAGGACUGUCCUGUCAAGCAUUUUUAAGAAUGCUGGAUCAGCGAACUGUUCGCUUUGGUCGUAUCUGAGGAACAGGCCAUCUUUGAAGGCAUCUUUAUAGCCAAAGAGGAAGAUGUUACAAGAUUUGUGGACCACAUUCACAGCACAACCAAGCAUGU